CCAAUGCUCCUCACACUGCCUGCCGUUGGACUGUCAGGGUUUCUGCUUUUUCUGUGCCUUCUCUUGGUUGGCUUCUACCUUUACUGCAAUGGUUGGACCAAUGUGUGGGUGGCUGUGGGUGUACCGGGACCUCGUCCCUGGCCAUUUCUCCUCCACGUGCCUGAGAUGAUGAGCGGUGGUCUGGAGCAGGCGUUAGAGAAGUGGGAGUCUGUCUAUGGACGCACGUACGGGCUUCAUUCACUCAUCAACCGCCGGCCCACACUCGUGACGUCAGACACACGGCUACUCACGCGGAUUCUAGCAGAGGAUUUCCCCAACUUCCUCAACCGUAGCCCCAUCACCUUCACCAACAGCACGUCCCUCUCCAGCCUCUUCUUCUCCGGAGGCUGUGAUUGGCGGAGAGCGCACCACGUGAUGUCUCCCAUCUUCACCGGAAGGAAGCUCCGCGUCAUGAUGCGUGACGUCAACGACAGCGCCGCCUGUCUCGUGGCUCUCGUGGAGGGGACCAGACGUCGUGGUGACCUGGUUCCCCUGAAGAAGUUCAUGGCCAAGUACACCAGUGACGUCAUAGCCAAACUGGGCUUCGGGCUCCGGGCAAAGGCGGUGUCUGGGGUAGACAACGAAUUCUUCCACAACAUCAACAACUUCCUGAACAUCGGCACGGCGUCACAAAACCUGCUGAGACUCGUUGCUCUGUACUUUCCCGCGCUCGCCAAGAUCGGCCUUGACCUGUUCCCGAGCUCUGACGUCAUCAACCCAAAAGCAGACGCCUACUUCACCCGGCUCGCCAGGGACGCAUUGAGGAAAAAGCGGGAACAGAAAGCUUCCGAACCGAGAGACAUGUUGGAUCUACUUCUGCAGUCAGAGACACGGCAGUCUACUCCUGGCCCGUCUGACAAAGCCCUGACUUCUCAGGAAAUUGUUGCUAACUCAGUCCUACUCAUCCUCUCCGCCUUCGAGACGACAUCCUCCACACUGAGGGCUGUCCUGUACUUGCUUGCCAGACAUCCGGAUAUCCAGGACAAGGUGAUCCAGGAGGUGGACACAGUCUUACAGGGCCGGCGACAGCCUCAAUACGAGGAUCUGGCAAGCCUGAAGUAUACCGAGCAGGUGAUCAAAGAGACGCUCCGUCUGUUCCCGCCCGCCCCCGCCGUGACCAGGCAGGCCGAGCAGACGAUGAGGUGUGGUGACGUCACAAUCCCCAAAGACUCGUGUGUGUACAUCCGGAUCAACCGAGUCCUCAGAGACCCGGGGUACUGGCGGGACCCGGACUCGUUCGACCCGGACCGGUUCUCCCCUGGGGCUGGGCAGACUAAUACGUCAGAUGGGAUAGAGUUCCUGGUGUUUGGGUUCGGACCCCGUCAGUGUAUCGGGAGGAGACUGGCCUUUCUGGAGCUCAAGGUGGUGUUGUGUCAACUCCUGACCACCUUCUCUCACAUAUCCCCCCACAUAUCCCAUCACAGGUGGUGUUGUGUCAACUCCUGA